AUGUCCGAAACUGGAUUCAGCAAUCUCACUUGGGAUCAAGUUAGAAUACUCGAUCGAGUGUUAAAUGAAGUAGUUCCAAUUCAUGGAAGGGGGAAUUUCCCCACGUUGGAGGUAAAACCAAAGUAUAUUAUUCAUGUUGUGAAAGAUCAACUGAUAGAGCAAGGAAUUAUUGUUAAAGACACCCGGUUGAAUGGCUCCACAGCAAGUUACAUCCUCGCGAGUCACAACGGAAUCAGCUAUAAGGAUCUGGAUGUUAUUUUUGGUGUUGAACUAUCAAGUAAUCAAGAGUUUCAGGUGGUCAAGGAUGCAGUUCUAGGAUGUCUCCUUGACUUCUUACCACCAGGUGUAAAAAAGGAAAAGAUCACCCUGAAGACCAUGAAGGAGGCUUACGUGCAGAAGAUGGUGAAAGUCUGCAACAAGCACGAUCGCUGGAGUCUCAUCUCCCUCUCAAACAACACUGGGAAGAACGUGGAGCUGAAAUUUGUGAAUUCACUCAGACGGCAGUUCGAGUUCAGUGUGGAUUCCUUCCAGAUUCUCUUGGAUCCCAUGCUAGACUUCUACAGUGACAAACAUGCCAAGCUGUGCCAAGACUCCUACCCUGCUGUGGAAGUUGAGAGCAUGUAUGGAGACUUCCAGGAGGCGAUGAGGCACCUGCAGUGCAAGCUCAUAGCGACCAGAAAACCCGAAGAGAUCAGGGGCGGGGGCCUUCUGAAGUACAGCAACCUGCUGGUCCGGGACUUCAAGGCAGCUCAUGAGGCAGAAAUCAAGACCCUGGAACGUUACAUGUGCUCGAGAUUCUUCACUGAUUUCCCUAAUAUAGUAGAACAGCAAAAGAAGAUCGAGUCCUACCUCCGCAACCAUUUCAUCGGUGACGAGAAGAGCAAGUACGACUACCUGAUGACCUUGCGCAGGGUGGUGAGCGAGAGCACCGUGUGCCUCAUGGGCAACGAGAGGAUGCAGGCCAUCAACAUGAUCACCCUGCUGGCGCUCCAGGUGCUCGGGGAACAGAACAUCCUGCCCAACACGGACCGCGUAACCUGCUUCUAUCACCCUGCUCCUUACUUCGCUUCCGAGGGAGGGUACCCCUCUUACUACGCCAUCCCUGGACAGCCACCACCGAUUUUCUUUCAGACAUAUCACCCACUGCACCUGCAUGUGCCGAAUUAAAC